CGGCGAGGUGCAAGGGAGCGGCGACCCACCGACCUGGGGUACGUGCUUGGCAGAGCAUCAUCCCUGCACGCCGGAGCGCAGUGUCGCCGCGAUCUUUUCGUCGACCUCACCACUACGACGACAUCGCCAUCGCCAUCCUAUCCGUUCCUAGACAUUCACCCGCCAACAUGUCUGCCCCCGAUCCCAAGGAAGCCUGGCAGCGUAUCCAGACCGAGCUCACGCGACGCACACAACGGUUCGGUGGCGCAGGCGGCGGACCACCCAAAGGCGCUUUUGGCGGACUCGCGGGUAUCGUUUUGCUCGCUGGCGGUCUGUAUGUCGCAAACAACGCGCUCUUCAACGUGGACGGAGGUCACCGCGCAAUCAAGUACACCAGGAUAGGCGGCGUGCAGAAGGAGAUUUACAGCGAAGGCACCCAUUUCCGCAUCCCGUGGCUCGAGACCCCCAUUACCUACGACGUCCGCGCGAAGCCCCGAAAUGUCGCCUCCCUCACCGGCACAAAGGACCUGCAGAUGGUCAACAUAACCUGCCGUGUGCUCUCCAGACCGCGCGUUGAUGCGCUGCCGCAGAUCUACAGGACGCUGGGCACAGACUACGACGAGCGAGUGCUGCCGUCCAUUGUGAACGAGGUGCUCAAGAGCGUCGUGGCGCAAUUCAACGCUAGCCAGUUGAUCACGCAGCGUGAGAACGUCAGUCGGUUGGUGAGGGACAACCUUGUGCGGAGGGCGGCAAGAUUCAACAUCAUGCUUGAUGAUGUAUCUCUGACGCACCUCGCCUUCUCGCCCGAGUUCACUGCUGCUGUCGAAGCCAAGCAGGUCGCCCAGCAGGAAGCCCAGCGCGCCGCCUUCGUCGUCGACAAGGCCCGUCAGGAGAAGCAGGCCACGAUUGUCCGCGCACAGGGUGAGGCACGGUCUGCCGAGCUCAUUGGUGACGCCAUCAAGAAGUCACGGUCAUACGUCGAUCUGAGGGAGUUCGACAACGCGAAGAACAUUGCCCAGAUCCUACAGUCGUCGCAGAACAAGGUGUACCUCGACUCCCAGGGACUGGGUCUCAACAUCAGCCAGACGGCGUCGGACAAGGAGAGGAGGGGUCACUAAGCAUUGAGCGGGUACGGAUGACGCAUCACAAAAAUCGCCCAGCGAUGUACAAUGAACAAUGUAUAAUUAAAGGAGCGGUUUGAACGCGAGCGAAGAGUGAGCUUUGACUGGUUAGCUUUCCACUCUUGUCUUAAAUACGAAUAUUCUACCAUCGCCGUGUCCCAGUCAUCCGUCAACUCUGGUGUCGAUCUUCAAGUCUGGUGCCACAUGCACUAGCACUCGCACUCGCGCUUCGGUAUGAUCACAACCCACCCGUCCUCGAUGGCUCCACAGGUUUUCUUUUGCUCAUCGUCUCCCUCAUUCGCAUCUUCAUCAUCCCCCACGUAUCAACCAUCUCCAUCCUCUUCGUCAUCAUCCGGCCCA